CAGGAGCACCGGAACUUAGGUACACCAAAUUGCAGGGGAACGCAGCUCGGCAAAAUCUGAAGCCAUUUUCGCAGUGACCCAAGUCGUCGUCGUGAAGGCAAAAACCCUUUACCUCCGGGAUCAAAAUCUUGAAGAGACGAAGAUGACGACAUCGUUGUCUAAAAUCCUUACGAGAUCAAACGCUCAGAGCCAAUGGUGCUCCAGUAUCUCUGCCUCUCCCAAACAUCUCUGGGCACGACACUUCUCCGCCGUGGCCGAUUCUUCCUCCUCUAACUCAGCUGCGCUUGGAAGCCAAUCGAGUUCUUCUGCUCCACCGCAAGAGAAGAAACGAGGGUCCAAGUUGUCACAAUUGCUGUUGUUCUUGCCUGGAGCGAUUACCUUCGGCCUCGGGUCAUGGCAGAUCGUCAGAAGAGAUGAAAAGUUCAAAACACUGGAGUACCAACAGAAACGGUUGAAUAUGGAACCAAUGAAGCUAAAUACAGAACACCCUCCUGAAAAGAAUCUGGAUGCAUUAGAAUUUAGACGGGUUAGUUGCAAGGGUGUAUUUGACGAGCAAAGGUCUAUUUAUUUGGGUCCACGGUCUAGGUCCAUAUCAGGAAUUACUGAAAAUGGAUUUUAUGUCAUCACACCUCUUAUGCCGAUCCCUGGUGACCUGGAUAGCAUGCAGUCACCUAUUCUGGUGAAUCGCGGCUGGGUUCCUCGAAGUUGGAGAGAGAAGUUGCCUGAAUCCACAGAUGCUGACUUCAUUACAAACCAGUCAACAAAAGCUAAAUCAAUCUCGGAUGAACAAAAUUCCUGGUGGAAAUAUUGGUCUAAGAGUCCAAUGAUUACAGAGCCACAAGUACCUGUGGUUAAGCCUGUAGAAGUCGUUGGUGUGAUUAGGGGAGGGGAGAACCCGAGCAUAUUUGUUCCCUCCAAUGAUCCAAGUACUGGGCAGUGGUUUUAUGUAGAUGUUCCUGCAAUGGCUCAAGCCGUUGGCCUUCCUGAAAACACAAUCUAUGUAGAGGACGUCCAUGAAGAGAUAGAUCGGAGUAGACCAUAUCCUGUUCCUAAGGAUAUCAACACCUUGAUCCGUAGUAAAGUCAUGCCUCAGGACCAUCUCAACUACUCAAUAACAUGGUAUUCUCUCUCUGCGGCUGUCACUUUCAUGGCUUACAAGAGACUCAAGCCAAAGUCUGCUCGAAGAUAAACUAUCUUUCUGAUCAAAUCAUAUCUUGUUUUUUUUAUAUCACUCGUCUGCAGAAGUAAUAAUGGCAGUUGAUAAUGGGUUUAGGUUUAAACUUUCAUAAUAAAAAAGGGCACAAUGAAAUAUUGAAAUACCUAAAUGUUGUGAUAACUUGACAAAAAUUUGUAGUUUUCUUAUUCUUUUAAUCACUUAAUUCAUUUA